UAUAUAUAAUAUUUGUAGUAUUUUAGAUGAAUAUCUGUCAAUAAUUGUUAAUGAAACAAUUAAUAAAGGCUGGAAAAGAUGUUUUUAUUAUUUACUCUGAGUGUGAGUGACAGCUGCCUUUUGCUGUGAUGUGUUUUUUUCUUCCAGCUUUAACAAACCUGUCGCUGAUUGGUCCAAAUUUGACAUCCAUAUCAUACCGACCAAUCAGAGCGCCAGAAUCUUGUUGGUACAUUGAGGAAGAUAAAACCUGCACCACAGAACCUGCACGAGAGGACUAUCUCAAACCGUCCUGCGACCGUUAGUCUGACCGUUAGUUGACCGUUAGUUGACCGUUAGUCUGUCACCAGUAUGACCGGAAGCUGUGACGUGCAGCAGAAAGAAAAGCUUGUGUGUUCAUCUGUCAAACAGAACAUGACUUCUACUCUGCACUGAUCAUUGAAAUGGUGUGACAGCUGUCAGAAGUCCUGUGUGACAGACUUCCUUCAGAGAGCUGGAUACAACCUCCACAAAAGAUGGAGGACUCUCCUCACUUGUACAUCUCUGAAUUUGGAGACAAUGAGGAUAUGGAGGAGGAGGAGGAUGACGACAUUUAUCAAGUGGAAACUAACAUGGAAUCAGACAUGACUAAGUCACCGUACCCAGAUCUUCAUGAACAUCCCAACCAGGAUACUGAAACAGACUGGAGCUCUUUUCCCUGCCAGCACUGUGAGAGACAUUUUACCAGCAAACAAGGCUUAGAACGACACAUGCACAUCCACGCUUUGGUGAACACCCAGGCACACGCAUGCAAAAGCAAUAAGAGCAACAUGUCUUUUGGUUCAAAUGUGGGUCAGUUGCAGCAGGAGAAGACGAAGCCUCUGGAUUCAGAAGACUCAGUAAUGCAGCUUCAUACUUCAUCUCCCACUAGCUCUAAUACUUCCUCUUUGUUGGCUGGUGACCACACUGCUCAGCCAGACAAACCGGGAGUAUUAGAGGGGCAUCAUGCUUGCAAGUACUGUGAAAAGAUAUUCACUACACACACCAACAAGCGACGACAUGAGCGCAGGAUCCACGAGCAACACGCGCAAGUCACACCCAUGGAAAAAACCCAGCUGCCCCAAGAGGAACAUCUUCAGAGGAUAUUCAGUGAAACAUCACAACAGGAAACAGAGCUUGUUGACAAUGCAGCACCUGCAGCUGCUCUGGAGAAUGAAGUAAGACACUUCAUGCUAGAUGUCUCUAGCAAUAUUUCAGAGAAUCUCAGCUUUUAUAUUGACGGAAAGAUAGUGUCAACGAGUACAGUCAGUAGCUGUGAAGGGGCUGAGGUUCAUUCUGGGUGUUCGACUUUAGUUGGACUGGACGCCCUGAUUCUAGACCCAGCCCAAAUCAGCCAGGUUUUAAAUACAGAAUCAGUUACAGGCAAAGAGAUACCUGGUCAACCACUGGCCAAGAGAAGAACUGCAACACCACCUCUUUUACCGCAAAUUAAAACUGAACUGGAGUCCGAGGUGGUUGUGUCUUCUUCCUCAUCUUCACUUGUAUCUUCCUUAAUAGAGAGUCUGCUUCCUCAGAAUACCGAGUCUACAGUUGUGCAGAAGGAACGAACUGUGUUUCUGUCUCCAAAGCUGAAGCAGCUCCUGGAGAAGCAGGACGGCCUUAAACCCACACUUGCUCUCAUCGCAGACGGCCAGAAGCCUUGUUCACCCGUCUCUCUCUCUGUCCUGCCUGCUGGAACAGAAAGGUUUAAAAGAAGGACUGGGUCUCCACCAAGCUCUCCACUGCAAAACCCAACAUCUAAAGAAGAAACAGCAGAUAGUGGAGAUUGUGACGCUGUAAGCACAAGGCAGAUGGAGACCCAAUCACCUGAGCACCAAACAGUCAACAUGAAGGAUGACACAACUCCACCUGUGGAGGAGCCAGCAGUGAAAGAGAGCUGGCCACCCACGACUGGCGGUAAUUCCUGUAACCAGCAACCGCUGGAUCUCUCUAAUACAGUCAAGUCAAGAAGUGAUGUAGCUUUAGCUGAUGCCGUGCUGGAUUUGAGUUUGCAAAAAAAGACCAUAUGUGAAUCUGAACUGACAUUAAAUUUAGUUUCACAGGCAGGAAACUCAAAUGCAUGCAUGGUGGAGACUGCCUUAAUGAAUAUUGGUGAGCAAAAUAUAAGCUUUGGGAAUCCUGAUACCUCUUUACUCACAGACUUCACCAUCCUUACAGGUCCAGAUAUGAUGACCCCAAUGGAGCCGAUGGCAGAAGGACUUGUUUAUGGGCUUGCACUUCCCUCCAAUUCUCCUGCCUCCCUAACCCCUGUUGCCUUGCAGCCAGCUUCACCGUGCACUAUAGCGUUUGCUUCCCCAGCCUCACACACAGUGCUCCCCACUGCUCCUUCAUUGAUAACAGUUUUGGCACCACCACAUAUUUCUAACCCUUCAAGCCAACCAAUCCAGGUGUUAGCCCCGAAUAUAUCUCCCGAGCCCCUGGUAAUCUGCACGGAAAAUGCGUUAAAUUUUUCAGAGUGUGAUUUAACGACUGCAUUUGCCACUACAAAUUCUGCGAACCCCGUCACUCUCUCCCAAUCCCUCGACCCAACUCUAAAUCUACCCGGCCAUGUGUUUCUCUCUGAUCAGAUAGCUCUGACUCCGCCAAUAGUUGAGUCCACUUCUAUGUCAGAAAUGCCGUUCACGCCCAGUGUAACUUUAAAUGACUCCCUCAUCAAUUCUUACAACAUAACCAGCAACACGGUGUUGAUAGAGUGCACAAUAGCUCUUGAAGCCCCAGGGAGUAUCAUCCCUGCUGCGGUUACUUUACAAGAAAACACUGCUGAGCCUCCAGCACCUCCACAGAUGGUUGUUAAUCGUAUAGAGCAGCAACAGAUUGUAUCAGUGCCCAACCCUCAAACUGUUGACCCCACUAUUCUUAUGUCCUCCAUCGCAGAAUCAGUAACUCUAUCCACCACCUCAGUGAUUUCUGAUUGUCCCACUGUGGGUGAAUCAAGUCCUGACCCAGAGUUUGUUGUUAAUGCAGAGCUGCCGACCAUAAAAGAGGAGGAAGCUGCUGACAGUGCCAUUUCCAUUCCAUCAAAAACCUCUCCGUCUUCUGAAAAACCUGAAGAGGACGAACCCACAAACAACAUGCCGAGUGAUGCACAACAGCAGACUUUCACCAAGAAUUUCAUCUGCAAUGUGUGCGAUAAGCUUUACCACUCAAUGAAAGAGCUGGGCCAUCAUGUAGGCGACCAUGCUGACGAAUGGCCAUACAAAUGUGAGUUCUGCGUGCUGCUCUUUAGCAAACCCUGCGCUCUGCUCGAUCAUCGAUCGAGCCUACACGGUGUCGGCAAGACUUAUGUUUGCAGUGCAUGUACAAAAGAGUUUGUCUACCUUUGUAAUCUGAAACAACAUCAGGAGGAAUUACAUCCUGGCCAGCAGUGUACAUACACAGAAGAAGAAAAGGGAAAGCUAAGACUUCAGAACUACAAUAUCACAACAAAAGACAACACAGAGCCCUCGGCGUUGCCCGAUACUGCAGAUGAACCCGAGGUGAAAAAGGAGGAAGGGGAAGAAGAUGUGGCUGCUGAAGAACUGUUUACAACAAUAAAAAUCAUGGCCUCAGAUGGAGCCAAAAUCAAAGGGCCUGAUGUUCGACUUGGCAUUAACCAACAUUAUCCCAGCUUUAAGCCCCCUCCAUUUCCCUACCAUAACAGAUCCCCCGCUGGCUCAGUGGCAUCAGCCACAAACUUCACCACCCACAACAUCCCACAAACCUUUACUACGGCUAUUCGGUGCACCAAGUGUGGGAAGAGCUUUGAUAACAUGCCAGAGUUACACAAGCACAUCCUUGCUUGUGCAAAUGCCAGUGAUAAAAGGCGAUACACGCCCAAAAGGAAUCCCAUCCCACUGCGCCACUUUGCAAAGGCUCAAAAUGGAGUUCUGUCAACCACUAAUUCUACCAAUGGACUGAAUGCCUCGAACAGACCCAGCCAGUCAAACAGGUCCAAACCUAACCAAGAAUCACCAGUAAAUGUGAAGUUCAAGGUGCUGAACAAAAGGAAGAAAAAGUUGGUCCAGAGGGUCAUGCCACAGAGGAACAAGUCAGUCCCUUCAUCAAAUAAAAUGUCACCUGCACAGGUGGACGAGCAGCAGGAGAUCUUUGUCUGCCCACACUGCAGCAGGGAGUUCACAAUGCGCCGCAGCAGAACCAAACACAUGGCGGUCUGCCCCAAGAAACCUAAAGAGGUGAAGAAAAGGAAAGAAGGAGGAAUCUCUGUGACCAAGGAAAAUGAUGGACACCUGCGUAGAGGGGUUGAAGAGAAACAAGCCUCACCUCAGCAUAAAACCAGACUCCAGAGUUCUGCUAAAAGGCCAGCUAUCCUACCGGUGCAAACCGUCUUCUCGAACAAGAGAAGUAAAAUAAUUAUAAAAGAGAGCACGCAGCCAAAACAAGAGACGCCCACUCUGAAUGAACUUCCCAUUGUUCGCACUUUCAACCCCUCUAUGCGCCAGUAUAGCAGAAUGCAGCACAGUGUCAAAGGACUCCCCAUUAAAAUCACCAUAGUGAAACCACAACAGGCUGCAUCACAGAAGGAUGAGCUGCCUCCCACCCUGAGCCGGGAGGACGCAACCGGAGCCGUCACCAGCAGCUCUGAGCAGAGUCCCACAGCCUGAAGACGACUCAGCAGCCCAGCGGGGAUCGGCAGGGCCCUGCUGUGUGGAGCUCCUCAUACAUACUUGUGUCAUAGUGAUACUAAAGGGACAUAACUGCUAAUCACACUGUAAACUCCAUGGACUGCAGAGUGCAUCACACUGUACAAUAAAUGACUGAGGACGGAUAAAACGGACGACUGAGGAUACUGCAGUGAGUGAGUGGAUGUAUUUAACGGAGUAUUUGAAUGCUUUUGUAGUAGUUUGGAGUUUUGUAGAUUUCUCCUUCACUUCACAAACUUUCUGUCAACGGCUUGGAUUUGCACUUUGAAGUUAAUCUGACUGCUUCAUGUCACAAAUUGGAAAGGAAGUGGGAGGAAUUGAGCUGGAAAGCUGCUCUCAUUUCCUACUUGGUUGGGUUAUUUAGAGAGGAGAGCAGGUGGCAAUCAUUCUCAGCAUGCAUUUGCACUUUUCCUUAUCUGUUGUCUGUGGCCUUUUGGUUUUUACUGCAUGCUUUGAGCUUAUACUACAGCUAUGUUAAUUUAGGAUGGAUUAUGUUGAUGCAAUUAGGCCUUAAACGCUGAAUCUGGUGUUACUCUGUUGGUCUGAUUGACAAUAACCAGUUCUUCUAAACAGAAGGAUCAUAGAAGAGUAACACAUUAUAGAGUAACAUUGGCCACAGGCUACCUAUCAAAAUUCUUGUUUAGGAUUUCAGCAGUGUUGAUUUCUAUUAGGAAAGUCAGUGUUUUCAUUAUUGGUGUGAAUGUAACAUUGGUAGAUUUAAUGCUACAGCCUUUGCAAAUCAAAGUGUAUAUAAUCUGGUUGGCCCAGUUGUUAUUUAUUUGUAUGUUUUGAGAAUAAUUAUCUUUAUGUGCCAUCAAAUGUAUAGAAAUAUGAUGAAGAAUAAACAUAGUUUAGUGUUUCCCACAUAUGGAAUACACAAGUCAAAAGUCUGUGUUGAAGUGCAGAUUACUUAAAAACAAUGCAUGGAUGUGCAUUUAUAAAAGGGCUUCCCUAUAUAGCCUGAUCCCAUAUGUUGGAUUUUGGAGUUUAUAGGUCACCUAAGGCUGUCAAAGUUAACGCAAUAAUAACACAUUAACGCAAAUUAAUUUUAACGCCACUAAUUUCUUUAAGGCAUUGACGCAACUUGUGAUUUUUAGGUUGUAGCGGACAUCAUAUGAAACUACA